GCGCGCAUGCCCCUGUGGACCCUGACGGCAGCGGCGUCGCGCAGGGCGGCCUUGGCUCUCUCAUCAGUCACCCUGGCCCUUCUCUGCUUGGACGGUGUUUUCCUCUCCUCGGCGGAGAAUGACUUUGUCCACCAGGUCCAGGAGGAACUGGACCGUUUCCUGCUGCAGAAGCAGCUGUCAAAGGUUCUUCUUUUCCCCCCAGUCUCCARCCGCCUGCGGUAUCUGAUCCAUAGAACAACAGAGAAUUUUGAUCUCUUGAGCAGUUUCUCUGUUGGGGAAGGCUGGAAGAGGAGGACAGUGAUCUGUCACCAGGACAUCAGGAUACCAAGUUCAGAUGAUCCCUCUGGCCCUUGCCACACUCCUGCCUCCCACACCAGAAAGUACCCUGGUCCUCGACCCACCCCCAACCAGGCAGCGGCUGCUGGUUCCCGGGGUGCACGGGCUCGCCGAUGGCAUCGAGGACGCAAGCCGGACCAGCCUUUGUAUGUGCCCCGGGUGCGGCGCAGGCAAGAAGAAUGGGCAGCUCCCUCUACCCCAGUGGUCAAGGAAGAGACCCCAGCUGGUGGGGUCUCUGAAAAGCCUGGAGAUGCUGGUGCUGGGGACCCUGAUACCCAUCAGGGACUCACCACGUUGAUGACUCAGGGAACAGAGGACCUGAAGGACCCAGGCCAAAGUUGUGAGAAGGAGCCACUGCCGGAGCCAGUUGGCACUGAGCCCCCAGGACCCGAGAGUCCAUCAGGAAAGGGAUGUGGGGUGGAGGCUGCCACACAGCUUGGGUCCAGCCUGCAGCCGGCCCUGGAAGAGGGGAAUGGGAGUCAACUGGAGCAGAACCCAGUGGAUGAGGAGGAGGAGGAGGAAGAGGAGGAGGAGGAGGAGGAAGCGGAGGAGGAGGAGGAGCCUGGCAGCUGCUCCGAGGAAGAUUGCAGUGAGCUGCUKCGGGAGAUCACAGACAAGCUGACUGAGAAGGAGAUCCAGAUCGAGAAGGUCCACCUGGACACGUCCUCCUUCGCAGAGGAGCUGCCUGGGAAGGAAUUUGCCCAUGUGGUGGAGAUCUAUGACUUUGAGCCAGCGCUCAAGACUGAGGACCUGAUGGCGACAUUCUCUGAGUUCCAGGAGAAGGGGUUCAAGAUUCAGUGGGUGGAUGACACUCACGCACUCGGCAUCUUUCCUUGCUUGGCCUCAGCUGCUGAUGCCCUGACCAAGGAGUUCCCUCUGCUCAAGAUCCGGCCUCUCACACAGGGAACCAAGCAGUCCAAGCUCAAAGCCUUGCAAAGGCCAAAGCUCCUGCGUCUGGUGAAGGAAAGGCCACAGACGGAUGCUGCAGUGGCCCGAAGGCUGGUGUCCCGGGCCCUGGGCCUCCAACACAGAAAGAAAGAGCSGCCUGCUGUCCCCAGUCCCCUGCCGCCCUGAGGCCCCAGCUCCUAACACCACAAGCCUUUACAGAUGCCGGGACAGCUCUGUGCCACUGUUGGAGCUUCACCGUGGGGUGGUCAGCUUUAAUUUGGUCUAGUUCCACAAAUU